CAGGCAAAGAGCUUGCGUCAGUUUCGCCACUGCAUAAUAUUUAUUCUGAAAUCUCCAUCGCUCAUUUUUCAAUCACACAAAAAGCAAAGCAAAGCCAUGGCGCCGCCUCCUGGACCUUACUCCGGUACCAGCACUCUCGCUCUCGUAGCUCGUGCAUCUGCUUUCUCUUUUGGACUUGUUUAUGGGAGUUUUAAGCUCAAGUACCUCAAGGUACAUCCAUUUACUGAUUUUUGUUUCUAAUUUUUUUCCUUGUCU